UCGUGCUGGCAGCUUCCCAGGCUAUGCGCUCUCCAGCAGACAACGAUUGCAAUAAAAAUAUGCAUCAUAAAAUAUACCUUUUAUGACAUUCCUGAAUAUAUGUCUGCAUAGUAAUAUAUACAUGUCGUCGGAUUCUGUAGAAGAGUGGCAGGUGGUUCGACGGGGAAAAGGUGCAUCAAGGAAAUUUCGAUCUCGCCAACAAGUCCCCUCUGUAUGUCUUCAGGAGCAGCUGGAUGUUGAGAAACUUGUCAGACGGAUCCGAGAUACAGUGUCUGAGCUGAGAGCUGAAGAGUUUUGGCAACAGUGGAAAAAUCAGCUUCUAGUUUCAACAUCCCCAUCAAGACCUUCAGACAGUGUAAAGACUGAAGGCCAGGAGGACGGGGACACAGAGGCGACAGGAGGCCAGCAGCUGGAGUGUGUGUGCUAUGGCCUUGGCUGCUUUUCUUCGUGUGUCUCAGCCCGCUACCAGCUUGCCAUGUUGCUGCUGCUACUGGAUGCAGGACAUAUUCCCUUGAAGGAUUGCUCUCUUUAUGAUCCUGCAUUCUCUGUCGCAGAAAAGGACAUUUUAAGAGAGCUGGGGUUGACUGUGCUCACAGAAAAUGAGGAGGGGAAGCGCCUGGCCUCUAAGCCCACCAUAUUUUAUCUAAUGCACUGUGGGAAAGCCCUUUACAACAAUCUGCUGUGGCAGAACUGGAACCCACACUGUUUGUCUCUGGUUGCGAUCAUCGGAAACUGCUUCAGCGGCAUCAGAGAGAGGACCAUCGAGAGGGAAUUGAAGCGGGAUUACAGCUACAUCUGCAAAGCUGUGGAUUUGUGUGAAGAGAGACUUCUGCCUUGUCCUUCCCGUCUGAUAGACAUCUUCAGUGAUACAGCAAUUAUCACUUUUCCUUCAGACCGACUUAACAAACUCCCCUCAUCUACUUGGGCGGACUCACCUGAACCACAAUACCAACAUUGCUCAGAUUUAGAAAUUAUACUGAAACAAACACCUGUCUUAGACUCUCCAGAGACAGGUCUUAGCUAACAAUGGAUGUAUUUUGAAGCCUAACAUUUACACACCUUUUUAAAAAAAUAAAUGCUCAAUCUGACAGAUCAGCAUCAUCGUAAGUUUGUUUUGAGGCUUUCUGGGAGAAGAAAGAAAAAUAUUUAGUUAAGGUUUGGUUUCAUUUAGCAGUUAUUACUCUCAUUGGAUUAGUUUAUGACUGUUAUUUUGAGUGUUUAUUAUUAACUACUUUCAUAUUUUUGAAUGUUUCUUUUUCUUGAACUGCAGUAGCAUUACCAAAAAGAUUAUUUCCGUUCUGUGAAGUUCUGACAACCAAUAUUUUCUGCAAAAGCUAACUUGAAAGGAACUGUGUUCGAAAUGUCAGAUAUGUAAGAUGCAAAUUUUGACAAAUAUUAACAUCGCUACUAGUACGUCUAGAACUAGUGCAUCUAAUUAAACUAAUUUAAAAGGUAAUUGCUAAAUACUGAAGACCAUUUUGAGGUAUUACUUUUUCUAACUGUUGCAGUAUACUUACCACUUAACAUGCUUACCAAGACAUCUGAGAGUUGGCACCAAGGUUAUUUACAGGUUCUGUAAAUAACCAAGUAAAAUUCACUGCGAGUGAAUUUUACUUGGGUAACUUCCUAUAAAAGUUAGUCACCAUCUUAAAGAAUUUCUACCUGUUGCUAAUAUAUUUUGACUAUAGAAUGAUGGAUAUUGUCUCAUAAUUUUUCCCAGAUUUGUGGGCAGCUGCAAUUCAUGUUGUCUGUCCUUGUUAACAUCAUCUGAACAGACACCUGUGUUUAUUGUUCACAAUCACUUCAUAGAGUUCCAUUAAAAGAAACACUUGACUUCA